GUCAGAUUCAGGGUCCCUCCCUGACUCCCAGAUGGUGUUCAGAUCACCGCUCGACUUUUUUUCAGCCUCUCGGAUCCUCCUGCCACACUUCGCGGAUGGGCCCUCUAUCCUGGCCCGCUCCCGGUCCCCGGAGGACCCUCCCUCCGCCUGUCCUCCCCUGGCUCUCCCGGGGAUGUGUUUCUCCGCGGCGCAGAUCGCCAGCGUCUGCGAGACCCUGGAGGAGACAGGAGACAUCGAGCGGCUGGCCCGCUUCCUCUGGUCUCUCCCGGUGACAGCAGACGGUCGCGACUCCAUCUCUGAGCACGAAUCUGUGCAGCGGGCUCGUGCCGUGGUGGCCUACCACACCGGGAGUUUCCGCGAGCUUUAUCACAUCCUGGAGACGCACCGCUUUACGCGCGCCUCGCACGCUAAACUGCAGGCGAUGUGGCUCGAAGCUCACUACCGGGAGGCAGAGAAGCUCCGGGGGCGACCGCUCGGACCUGUUGACAAGUACCGCGUGAGGAAGAAGUUCCCGUUGCCGAGGACAAUCUGGGACGGUGAACAGAAGACGCACUGCUUCAAAGAGCGCACACGGGGGCUGCUAAGAGAGUGGUACCUGCAGGACCCGUACCCUAACCCCGGGAAGAAGCGGGAGCUGGCGCACGCAACCGGACUUACACCGACUCAGGUUGGAAACUGGUUUAAAAACCGGAGACAGAGAGACCGGGCGGCGGCAGCCAAAAACAGGUUGCAGCAUCACCGGAUGUGUCCAGACGGUGCGCGGUCACUCAGCGGAGGGGAGUGCAGUCCAGAUGAGAGCGGGGAGCGCGCAGAUGGAGAAACUCUUCUCUCAGUAACGGACAGUGACUCGGACUUGGAUGUUUGA